AGCGGCCGGAGAGUGCGGCGGCGGCCCAAGGCUUUGGUUUGAGUAGCCUUGACAAGGAGACAGAGACACAGGUCCGCAGCAGCUGGCCGUGGGCGCAAAAGAGACUUGGCUUCUGACGACACCCUCGGGAGGGUGGAGGAACAUGAAGUCCACCCUGCCAUCCAAGCCGCCAUAGACCUCACUGCGGGCGCAGCAGGGGGCGGAGCUUGUGUGCUGACUGGGCAACCCUUCGACACCAUAAAAGUAAAGAUGCAGACAUUUCCUCAGCUGUACAAAGGCCUUGCCGACUGCUUCCUGAAAACAUACAACCAAGUGGGCAUCCGUGGCCUUUACAGGGGAACCAGUCCUGCACUGCUAGCCUAUGUCACCCAGGGUUCUGUCCUGUUCAUGUGCUUUGGCUUUUGCCAACAGUUUGUCAGGAAAGUGGCUAGAGUGGAGCAGAAUGCAGAGCUGAACGACUUGGAGACUGCUACUGCUGGGUCGCUGGCUUCUGCAUUUGCUGCGCUGGCUCUCUGCCCCACUGAGCUUGUGAAGUGUCGGCUGCAGACCAUGUAUGAGAUGAAGAUGUCAGGGAAGAUAGCACAAAGCUAUAACACAAUUUGGUCUAUGGUUAAGAGUAUCUUCAUGAAGGAUGGUCCCUUAGGCUUCUAUCGUGGACUCUCGACCACUCUUGCUCAGGAAAUACCUGGCUAUUUCUUCUACUUUGGGGGCUAUGAAAUCAGUCGAUCAUUUUUUGCAUCAGGGGGAUCAAAGGAUGAACUAGGCCCUGUCCCUUUGAUGUUAAGUGGAGGCUUUGCUGGGAUCUGUCUCUGGCUUAUCAUAUUCCCAGUGGACUGCAUUAAAUCCAGAAUCCAGGUUCUUUCUAUGUUUGGGAAGCCUGCAGGAUUAAUCGAAACCUUUAUAAGUGUUGUGAGAAAUGAAGGGAUAUCAGCCUUGUAUUCUGGAUUGAAAGCCACUCUGAUUCGAGCCAUCCCUUCCAAUGCUGCUCUCUUUUUGGUUUAUGAGUACAGCAGAAAGAUGAUGAUGAACAUGGUGGAAGAAUACUGAAGUGUCUAUUGAUGAGUCCUUGUCUGAGCACAUGAAUGAGAGGACCACAGCUCUACAUGUCAAAGAGUUCAAGACCAACAUGGAGUUAGCUUUGACUGGGAAUUUCGGGUUUGUCUUCCCUUCCUCAAAUCUCAUACCUUGUGGAGAGAUCUUUAUAUCAUAUGGUUUCUUCCUGCAAUCCUACUGAAAUAGGAAAAUCACUAGUUUUGCUGGUGGUGGGAUCUACAGGGUGAACCCAAGACUCUAUGUACUUAAUCUCAAUUAUCAAGGCUUCUUCAUAAAUCUAUAUAUGCAUCUUG